GAAUUAUCAACUCAGUGUGUGAGAAGAAAUGAACGUACAUAUACAAUAUCAAUAUAUAUUACAAAAAAAAAAAAUAAGUGUUCGACUAUAAUCGACGACUGAAAACAAAAGCAAAUGCAAAAAAUUGAAUUCAAUCAAUAAAAGAUGUGUGAGUGUUUAACCAACAGAUUGUGAGAGUGAUUACGACCGUGCCGAUUCACGUAAAAUUCAAUCGAAAAAACAAUUUGGUGAGGACAACAUCAAAACAUUCGCACAACGCAAAAGAAUCUGACAACAAAUGAACUGAGUCAGUCUUGCUAUUAAUCAUUUUGGAGCCCGUGCAUAUAUUUGGUGUGUGUGUACGCUGCAGUGAACUAAAGUGUGUGCUGUUUUUUUUUCAUCUGUCUUUCCGAUCGCGAAAAAAAGAACCACAUAGCGAAACAACAAAUAGUUUAUGUCGUAUUGCAAGUGUUGACGUCUUUCAUUGUCUCCCAUAUAGAAAACCGAAUCCGUACCAGUUGAAAAUUACCUUUUGACAAGAAAACAAAAACAAAACCGCAAUAAAAAUACAGGACAUAUUUGAAGCAACAAGACAAGUUUUGUAAAUUAAUCAUUCGACGCUGAUUCAUAAAUAAGAAUAAAAAAAAAGUCAACACGAAGACGAAUAACUCAUACCGAGAAAAAAAAACAUUCUCCAUCUCCUGUCAUUCCACUGAACAUCGCAUUUGACCCAGUAAUAUUUGGAUCUAAUGGACUAAAACCAAGUAUUGAUGAGCGCCGACAUAAUUGGUUGGUAUUAGACCGAACAACUGGCAUAUAAACAUUACGACAAAAACAUCUAGUUUGAUCCGCAUUGUUUUGUUUUUGUUGUUGAAACGAAAGUAGACAACGACAACACCGAAGACGAUAAUCAUCAUUAAAACCAAAGUGUGCAGCUAUUUGGUGUGCAAAAUAUAAAAACAUCUUUUACUGAGAGCAAUACAUUCAUCGACCAAAACAAAACACACAUUCAAAAUGUCGUCCGGUUCAUCGUCAAUGCCAAGAAUGAUAAGAAGGAAAUUUCGUGUAAAACAUCAGAAAGUCAAGCUAUUUCGUGCAAAUGAACCGAUUUUAAGUGUAUUUAUGUGGGGCAUCAAUCACACGAUAAACGAAUUAAGUCAUGUUAAUAUACCAGUCAUGUUGCUACCGGACGAUUUUCGAGCAUAUUCGAAAAUCAAAGUGGAUAAUCAUCUGUUCAACAAAGAAAAUAUGCCAUCCCAUUUCAAAGUGAAAGAGUAUUGCCCGUUAGUCUUUCGAAAUUUACGUGAACGUUUUGGCGUCGAUGAUGUCGAUUAUCGUGAAUCAUUGACCCGCUCUCAACCCGUUCAAGUCGAUUCGUCCGGCAAAAGUGGUGCACAAUUCUAUAGAAGCUACGAUAAAUAUUUCAUUUUGAAAAGUCUUACGUCCGAAGAAAUUGAACGCAUGCAUGCAUUUCUCAAACACUAUCAUCCGUAUGUGGUUGAACGACAUGGUAACACCCUAUUACCGCAAUAUCUAGGCAUGUACCGAUUAACGGUGGAUGGUGUUCAGUAUUAUUUUGUGGUUAUGCGAAAUGUAUUUAGUUCUCAUUUAACAAUCCAUAGAAAGUUUGACUUGAAAGGUAGCACCGUUGAUCGUGAAGCGUCCGACAAAGAAUUAGAGAAGCAUUUGCCCACUCUCAAGGAUAAUGAUUUCAUUAAGCAAAAAAUCCGACUAUGCAUUGGCGAAGACGCAAAAAAGAAAUUAUUUGAAAUGCUUAAUGCCGACACAAACUUCCUAACCAAACUCCAUUUAAUGGAUUACUCCCUAUUGGUCGGCAUUCAUGAUAUGGCGCAGGCCGAAGAAGAGGCGCUAUUGAAUGAAAAUGCCGGCAGAGAUGCAAAUACUGGUCGUGAGACAAGCGAAAGUGAAGAGUGUGAAAGCGGUGAAAGAUGCGCAUACAAUACACCGCCAGAUUCACCUAGAUGCUUGGGACCAUAUAACGAUAUCAUCCAAGACAUUGACAUUUAUGCACUACACAGUAUUGAAGAGCGGCGUGAAAUUUACUUCAUUGCAAUCAUCGACGUUCUCACACAGUACGGUGUUAAAAAACAGGCCGCAAAAGCAGCAAAAACAGUGAAAUAUGGAAGCAACGUGGACGGAAUAUCAACAUGUGAUCCAGAUCAAUAUGCCAAACGCUUUAUUGAAUUCAUGGACAAAGCAAUCGAAUGAAUUUCUUCAAGUAUUUCAAUAUAAGAUACUUUUUGUUUCUUGUUAAUUUAAGAAUUAAUUUUUUUUUUUGUGAAAAAAAAGAAAAGAAAAAACAAACGAAUAGAAGAGAAAAAAAAACAGCAUACGUUCGACAAACAAAAUGAAAAUAUAGAAACCGACAACAAAAAAAAAAAAAACAACAAAGCUACUAUUCAAUCAAGAAAAGUCUAUUAAUUAAUCUAAACUUUAUGCAUAGGCAUAUUGUGCUAUACAAUACUUAUUUAACGAAAUAUUAAAGAAACGUAAGAAAAAAAAGAACCAUUUAAAAGAUAUACGAAUACACACAAACAAAAAUCAUAUUAAUCGACAUUGUAUUUCGACUUGUAUGCAAAUGUAAUCUUUUGUGUAGGAAGUGCAAACACCGAUUCGUACUCAUCACGCUCAUUAGAACACAAAUACUGUCGCAUGGUUCAAAUGAUUGAGUCCGAAAUUCUCUCGCUACAUUAAUUAAUUAUUUGGUGCUAUGCCAGUCUAGUACGUAUUUGACCAGCAUUUUGUUUUUAUGGAGAGACACAACACAUUUUUUUCAAAAUCGAAAUUAAUGCUAAAUUGUUUUAAACAAUUUUGUUAAUUGGAACCAUUUUGUGUUUUAAUCAUUGUGAGCCGGGAUGUCAAUUUCGGUCGCGAAUGUUUUCGCUUUCGUCAACGGUGUUUGUUUCUUGUUAUAUCUUGGACGAAUAGAUUAGCAACAAUAACGACAACACACACACACAUACUUGCAUACAUAUAAAUAUAUCCUUCAAUUCAUAAAAAUCGACUUUACUUUCCUGUAAAUAUUUAUGCAUGUAUGCUGCUACGGCUAACGACAAUACAUUACAAACAGGAUAGUAACAUUUUCUAUUGGAGGAUUAACAUUUUCUUGACUAGUCAUUUCUUUGCUGUUCUUUUUUUUUGUGUACAUUUAUUAUUAUUUUUUAAAUUUAUUUGGAUCAACAGGUCUUUGUGUUAAUAGUUUUAUGUUAAGUUUUAUAUCAAUUAAAACUAUUAUUUUUCUCGGUUCUAUUCUUUUAUAUCUUUUGUUCAAAUCCGAACAUUGUUCACACCAAAACACCAAGUAUAUAUGAAAACGAAAAAAAAAAAAUCUUUUUUUUUUGUUCAAAUCAAAAUUCAACUCGAUCAUUUUUGUAUUGCUUUUUAGCAUUUUUUUUUCUUUUGCAAACUUUUGGCUGUCAUUCCCUUCUCAAAUCUAUUAAAUCGCCACAUCUGGCUUUUAACCUUUGAAAAAAAAAUAUAUAUUUUUUUCAAAUAAAAACUGUUUAAAUGAACAUCAAAUUUCUGCACAUUCAACGGUAUAAUUGAUUGAUCUUCGCACAAGAUGGAUAAAUAGAAAGACAUAUAUAAAGAAUUUUUUCCCCUUGAAUAGUUUCCAAUUUUCUUACUUCAUUUAUAAAAAACGUCAUCUGUUUUUAUUGUCUUGAGCGCAAAUUACUGCUCACAACAAUAUAUUGUUAUUAAAAUAAUACGCAACAGGAAUCUGGUUAUUUUUGUUUGCAAAAAACAAAAAUCUUUCGAUAAAAAAAUAAUAAUGGCGAAACGUUUUUUAUUCCAAACUCGGAACUCAGUUAGACUGAUUAAAUGAAAUAAAUAUGUAAACUUUCACAGUUGAACUGUUCUUAUUAUAUAAAAAUUAAAUUCUAUGAAAAAAAAUGCAAAAAAUACCAAUACAAAAAAAUAAGAAGAAAGUGCUAUCUAAAAAAAUUUGGCUACAAAUUGAGCUUUGUUUGUUGUAAAAUUAUUAUUGGUUUUUCAUUAUUUUUGGAAAAUUGAUUAUUUAAUUGGAAUAGAACGUUUUAUACAAUGCAAAUGGUAAAUAAUGAAUGUAUUUGGUGAAAUAGGUGAAAAAUUAAAGCCACAAAUCAACCAAAUCAAUAUUAUAGAGCAAAAUGGGCGAAAAAUACUAAAACUUUAACAUUGUUAAAAUUAGAGUAAAUUAUCAAUGUUAGAUUGAAAACGGGCCGAUUCAUUGACAUUGUUGGUCAUUCAAUUAUUGACAACAUUCGUAUGUAUGAAUCAGUUCUGAACAAUUUGAGCCGAAAAAGAUGAGAAAUUGUCUCCUCUCACAUCCCUUUGUGUGUUAAAUAAAUAGAAUAGAAUAGAAUGUCAGAACUAAAAAAGGCAAACAAAAAAUUUCGACCCAAAAAAAAAAUCGAUCGUUUUUCUUUCUAAACGACAUUGGCCGUAAUUUAAACCCAUAUUUUAAAUAUUAUGUAUAAACGCAAACAACAACAACAACAACAAGGUGAUUUAAUUAUGUAAUGAUUAAUUUUUAUGAUUCAAUCUAUUUUUAACCUCAUUGUAAUUAAUUUAAAUGAAAAAAAUAAGACAAACAUACACACGACGGAGGAAAAACUGAUGCAUUCAAUUUAAAAUAUUUUUUCAAUCUAUUUAAUCACAAAUCAACACGUUUGAUUUGCGAUUGAUCCAAUAUUUUUAUCUCUAAUUUUUACCGCGUAUUUCGUUUGACGAAAUAGUAUCAUGAUAAAAAAAAAUCUUUUAUAAAUUCAAAUCUUACGAAACACAAAGAAUCGUUCGACUCACACAUUUUGUUUAAAUUCAACUAUUAAAUGAAAAAAAAAAAUGCAAAGCAAAAAAAAA